CACCGCGUGCAUCACACGGUCGUUCCCGCCGGUCGGUCGUCAUCGUCAGUCCGCCCGCGUUACCGCCACCGCCGUCGUUCGUUUCACGUGCGAUUUCGCGUUUUUCGGCCUUUUCCCUGUACGACACUGUCGUUCGCUAAUUUUUUUUAUUGCCGAUUUUUUUUUUGUCUGUCUCUCGCUCUCUCUAUUUUCUAUUCCAUCGCCGUCGCCGACCGUGUGCGCGUGUCGGACGAGUUUGCGAAUUUCCGCGGAUUUUUUUAUUCCCGGAACUAACAAUACCAGGUAUCCGUUAACGUAAAACCGGGUACACGCGGAGUCCGUGGUCGGCCGUAUCGAGACACUCGUAAACGUCGCCGCCGGUAUUAUCGUGCUCGUCGCCUAAUAUCACCAAAGUGCACACGCGUUACCCUGUUUAAUUCUAAACCCGACCCGACUUGUAAUCGGUCGCGUGUGACGUGUCGUCGUCGACGAGGAGUAAGGACGCAAAACCCUGGAGGAAAAUUAAUAAAAACUUAAGACAGAGAAAGUUCAAUUCUCACGUGCGCGCACACCACACGGAUCUUCCGAUGUUAUAUCUUUUAGUGACUGGCGUCGUGUCACGCAUAUACUCGUAAUACGUACACAUAAAACCAGAGAUAAUUUUUCCGGAACUACCAUUAAUUUAUUUCAUAUAUGGUGUUGACAAAAACAUGUACUAAAUUUUAACUUUCAGUUGAAUUUAUUCAGAUUGUUUCAAGUGGAUUUUGAAAAUUUAAACUUAAAUAAAUCAAUAAGCUGUUUUUGUCAUUAAAACAAAGAAGAAAUCUGUCCGAACAUUGAAAAUGCCGCCGGCUUUUUACGGACUGUUUGCCGUGUAUGUGACGUUUGUCGUACUGGAAACACAUGCCAUUACCAUUGAAGAAUUGCCGCCAGAUCACGUGCGAGAGUUGUCCUGCGGCCGAAUGUACUACAGGACUUUUCACUUGGAUGAAAAUCGUGACACAUUAUAUGUCGGUGCCAUGGAUCACGUUUACCGCCUGAACUUGAGCAACAUCAGCCACUCUAGCUGCAAGCAGGAUUCCAUAAAUCUGGAACCGUCAAACAUUAUGAGCUGCACGUCUAAAGGAAAAUCUGAGAAUUUUGAUUGCCGAAAUCACAUCCGAGUCAUCCAGUCGAUCGGUGACGGUAGCCGAAUAUACAUUUGUGGCACAAACGCGCACAAUCCAAAAGAUUACGUGAUAUACUCCAACUUAACACAUCUUCCUAGACACGAGUACGUUCCCGGCGUGGGUCUGGGCACGGCCAAAUGCCCGUACGAUCCGCUGGACAACUCGACGGCCAUUUGGUCAGAAAAGGGCAAUCCGGGGCAAUUACCGGCUCUGUACAGUGGUACCAACGCCGAGUUCACCAAAGCAGACACAGUUAUUUUCCGGACGGACCUAUACAAUUUGACCACGGGGCGCAAAGAAUUCGCGUUCAAGAGGACUCUCAAAUACGACUCCAACUGGCUCGAUAAACCCGAUUUUGUGGGCUCCUACGACAUCGGCCAAUACGUCUUCUUCUUCUUCCGUGAAACCGCCGUCGAGUACAUCAACUGUGGAAAGAGCAUAUUUUCGCGAGUAGCCAGAGUGUGCAAGAAAGACACAGGUGGCAAAAGCAUACUUAGUCACAACUGGGCCACGUACCUGAAGGCCCGACUCAACUGCUCCAUACCCGGAGAAUAUCCGUUUUACUUCAACGAAAUCCAGAGCAUUUACAAGGUGCCAGAUGAUGAUACGCUUUUCUACGGCGUGUUCACCACUUCCACUACCGGACUGAUGGGAUCGGCCAUAUGCACUUUCCGACUAGAAGACAUCGAUCACGCUUUUGCUGGCCGAUUCAAAGAACAAGCCAGUUCUACUUCGGCCUGGCUCCCAGUACUGUCUACCAAAGUACCAGAGCCCAGACCGGGACAGUGUGUCAAUGACACGGAGACUUUACCAGAUUCCGUAUUGAAUUUCAUACGCAGUCACCCUCUUAUGGACGAGGCGGUAGCGCACAAAGACAACGAACCGGUGUUCUACAUGCGUGACUUAUUCUUCACGCGUCUCGUAGUAGACGUUCUCGAUUACGUCGUGUUCGGAAAUCAUCUGCAUUACACUGUCUACUACGCUGCCACCAAUGAAGGCCGCGUUUACAAAGUAGUCCAAUGGUAUAAUGACGAAGGUGUACCCGGAUCUGCUCUUCUGGACAUAUUUGACAUCAUGCCCGGUCUACCUAUUACAGCCAUGGAAAUAUCCAGAAAGCACAAGGCCCUCUAUGUGGCGUCCGAUGAGAGCGUCCGACAGAUAUACUUGUCAAUGUGCACUCACCGGUACGACAGCUGCUUGCGAUGCGUCCACGACCCGUAUUGCGGAUGGGACAAACAGACCAAGACCUGCAAACCCUACCAGCCCGGACUCCUGCAGGACGUGACCAACUCAUCGCGAAGCGUGUGCGAAAGUUCAGUGGUUAACAAGAGAUUGACCGUGACGUUCGGCCAGAGCGUACAUCUCAGUUGUUUCGUGAAAAUGCCGCAAGUGCUGAAAGUGUACCCGGUUACCUGGUACCAUCACAGCAAGGAAAAGGGACGGUACAUGGUCUCGUUCAGCCGAGUGGAAAAAUACAUUGCGACCGUCGAAGGUGGCAUGGUAAUCGUUGGAGCGUCAGAAGAGGACGGUGGCCGGUAUGACUGUCAGCUGGCCGGUGCCUUGUUAUGCACGUUCAACUUGACGGUGGACGCGCAUCGGUGUUCGCCGCCCGCCCGGUCAGCGGACUACCAUCGGGUGUACUCGGACUGGUGCCACGAGUUCCAGAAGUACAAGAGUGCGAUGAAAUCUUGGGAAAAAAAACAAGCUCAAUGCAGUAGCUCAAGACAAAACGAGACCGCAAUCGCCCAGGGUCUCCUGUCAAACGAAUUAAACGCGAGUCCGGCCCUAUAAGGAGGAGAUACCAUAAUAUACGAGAUGCCGCCGAAGCAACCGCCGCCACUACCACCACAGCCACCGCAAACACCAGCCCCAUCCCGUGUACACACUAUAUAUAUAUAUUAUAUAUGUAUAUUGUAUUAUAAUAUGCAUUUAUGUUAUAAUAUACCAUCACCAUCGUGUCAGUCAUCCCGCCACCGCGGAAAAAAAGUAAAAAAUGUAAUAACAAUAUAAUAUAUUGUAUAAGGUAAAAAUGUCAUCAAACAGACAUCGUCGUCGUCGUCGUCGUCGUCGUCGUCAUAGUCGUUAAGUAUAAUAUAGUAUAAGAGGAUUUUCUUCUUUUUUUUUUUUUGUUUAAUGCAGAUUCAUAUUUAUUAUAUACACCUGUAUAAGUGUUUGUAUACAUGAUAGGAUACAGCUAAUGUAUGUACACGUGUCAUACGUAUUAUUUAAUAUUAUGUAUAAUGUAUAUUAUGUACUUAAUAAUAAUUAGACUUUAAUGUACAGACUGCCUAUAUAAGCUUUAAACUAUAACCACGACGAACGACGAGCGAUAUUAUACUAUACCUUUUUUUUUUGACGAUAUAUACAUAUUUUAUCUACAAUCUUCUGUGAUAAUGUAGCUGUUAGAUUUUUUUUUAAUAAAUAUAUGGAAAUAAUAUGUUAUUAUACUACCCGAUUAGGCAUAAUAUUUUAUAUGGUAGAGUGAGCUUCAUAUUAUUUUUUCCGGUAUUUUUUUUUACAAUUUUUUUUAAAUUUUUUUUUGCGUGGCUCUUUAUUAUACAUAUAACAGUAAAGUUAUGGUGCUUCGUUAUAGCAAUACACGGUCGUGACGUUUACAAAACAAAACACUAUUCUUUAUAGUGUGUAGGACCUUUAUCAUGAUUAUUUUAUUAUUUUAUUACUAUUAUUAUUAUAAUUAUUUUUACUAUUAUUAUUAUUAUUAUUAUUAUGUAUUUAUUUUGACAAUAAGACUCGGUUAAUCACUAAGUAUAUUAUUAUUAUCUCCCUCCCCCACACUCUUAGCGUAAUACAAUCAACUUUGUAUUUUUUAGUUUUAUUAGUAUGUUAAAAGUAUUGUCUGUUCACUUAACUAAAUAAUAUACUUAAAUUAUAAUGAUUUAUAUAAAUUAUUAUUGUUUCCGAUGUGAUUUGAGCCUUAAGCGAGCUCAAUAUAUUUUUUAAAAUAAGAUUUGAAAAAAAUACCGUUAGCACCAUACGUAAUUCCAAAAAAAGUUUAUACCUACACUGCGUAGCGUCUAGAUCUAGCUACAGUAACGCUUAGGCACUCCCCUGGCGCUAAAUUUAUUAAAUAAUUAUAUAAAAAUAAAAAUCACAAAAAAAUCACUGAUAAUUUUUAAAAUAAAAUUAAUUUUUACUCGCUCCUUCCCCCUUUUUUAAUUAGCAAUAUUAAAUAAUAUUUCAUCAUGUACAGAUUUUUUAACUUGCAUGAUUUUAAUCUAUUUUAGUUUCAUCGUAAGUACCACUACGUAUUUUCUUCGAAAUUCCAUCCAUUAAAAAAAAAAAAGUAUCUAACCGUAAUACGCAUAAAAGUACGUACAUAUUAUGUAUACUAUUUACGAGUUAUUACUUAUAAGUAUACAUAAUAUAUAUGUAUGUGUAUACGAUAUUAUAUUAAUUUCACGUUCAUUUUUUAGCAGCUACCGAUUUUUCUAUACUGUAAAUACAAUUUGU